GGUGAUGCGCUGUGAGACGCUGCCUGGCUUUACCGGAGAGAGGCAGACGGGACCUUCUAGCUUGUUGCAUGGCUGCCACACAGCAGGUUACUGUCAAAGUAAUAAACAUCAAGGAUGAAAUUCUGGCCUUAUUGAAGUUGAUGGACCAGGAUUUCACCCCAGAUAACCAGUAUGCAAGUCCAUUGGGAUUGGCUGUGUUUGGGUGUCUUGUUAAUCAGCUCAGUAACUGCAGAAAUGCAUGAUGAAGAAAUCCAGGAUGCAGAUGUUGAGGUCGAGGAUUUUGACAAGAACUCGCAAGAAACUGAUCUUGACAAAGGCAGCUCUUCUCUAGAGGUUAUGUACAAGACUCCAAAGCCUACUGGGGAAGUAUAUUUUACAGAAACCUUUGAUGAUGGAGUAUUGACUGGGUGGAUAUUAUCUAAAACCAAGAAAGAAGAUACAGAUGAAAACAUUGCUAAAUAUGAUGGAAGAUGGGAAGUAGAAGAGCUUAAAGAAAACACAGUGCCUGGAGACAGAGGAUUAGUUUUGAAGUCAAUAGCAAGACAUCAUGCAAUAUCAGCUAUGUUAACAAAGCCAUUUAUUUUUGAUACUAAGCCUUUGAUUGUUCAGUAUGAAGUGAAUUUUCAAGAUGGCAUUGAUUGUGGCGGUGCAUACGUUAAACUUCUGUCCAGUUCUGAUGAUUUGGAUUUGGAAUACUUUUUUGACAAAACACCUUACACAAUUAUGUUUGGACCAGAUAAAUGUGGAGAAGAUUACAAACUGCAUUUUAUCUUCAGACAUAAGAAUCCUAAAACUGGAGAUUAUGAGGAAAAACAUGCUAAGCGUCCUGAUGUAGACCUAAAAAAAUUCUAUUCGGACAAGAGGACACAUCUGUAUACUCUGGUGCUGAAACCAGAUGACACAUUUGAAAUGUUAAUUGACCAAUCAGUUGUCAGCAAAGGAAAUCUUCUGGAAGAUAUGGUUCCUCCUGUGAACCCUCCAAAAGAAAUAGAAGAUCCCAAUGAUAAGAAGCCAGAUGACUGGGAUGAGAGAGCAAAGAUCCCUGACCCUAAUGCUGUCAAACCAGAUGAUUGGGAUGAAGAUGAGCCUUCCAAAAUAGAAGAUCCUGAUGCUGUCAAGCCUGAGGGCUGGCUUGAUGAUGAACUACAAUACAUCCCAGAUCCCAAUGCAGAAAAACCAGAGGAUUGGGAUGAAGAAAUGGAUGGUGAAUGGGAAGCCCCACAGAUCCCUAAUCCAAAAUGUGAGACUGCACCUGGCUGUGGAGAGUGGGUGCGUCCCAUGAUGACCAAUCCAAACUAUAAAGGAAAAUGGAAACCACCAAUGAUAGAUAAUCCUAACUAUCAGGGGAUCUGGAGUCCUCAAAAAAUCCCUAACCCAGAUUAUUUUGAGGAUCUUCACCCAUUUGAAAUGACUGCUGUUAGUGCUGUUGGUUUAGAGCUGUGGUCUAUGACCCCUGAUAUAUACUUUGAUAAUUUUAUCAUCUGUUCAGAAAAGGAAGUGGCAGAUCGAUGGGCUGCAGAUGGCUGGGGCUUGAAGAAAUUGGUAGCUAGUGCUAAUGAGCCUGGUAUGUUUAGUCAGUUGGUGACUGCUGCAGAAGACCGUCCAUGGCUUUGGGUUCUUUAUAUCUUGACUUUAGCACUGCCUGUAGGAUUGGGUGUAUUGUUCUGCUGGCCAACCAAGAAAAUAGAAGAAGACAUUGACUACAAAAAAAUGGAUGUCUCUAAGCCAGUUACAAAGGGAGAACUAGAACAAGAGAGAGGGGAGAUAGAUGAUGAAGCAGAAUUGGAAGAAGAAAAAGAACAUGAAGAUAUUGCUUUAGAAGAAAGAAGACAAAUUGAGGAGACGAAGAAAGAGAUGAUAAAGGAGAAAAAGAAGACAGGAAGGAAAGAUUCUCCCUCAGAAGGUGAGGGUGAAGGUGAAGAUAAAAAUGAUGAAGAGGAGAAUGAAGCUGCAGAAGGAAGUCAGGAAGAAGAAGGUGACAAAUCAAAUAAAUCUGGCUCAGAGGAUGAGAUGAAAGAAGCUGACGAAAGCACAGGGUCUGGAGAUGGUCCAAUGAAAUCAGUACGGAAAAGAAGAGUACGAAAGGACUGAGUUAUUUCCAACUAGUAUUUUUAGUUCCUGCUUAUAGAAACAUGGGAUGCCAUUCUGGUGUGCCUGACAGCAUGCAAGUUACUGAGACUUUAUAAAAACAAACAAAAACAAAAAUACUGGACUUAUCACUCCAUAUCCAGCCUCCUUGAUCUUCCCAAACUUUACCUUUUUUUUUUUUUCUUUUCUUUUCUCUCCAGGAAAAAUACCAUCUGUGCAGUUAGAUGGUGUUUUGAAUUUAGAAUAAAAGUAAAAUGGCAAUUUUAUUAUCUGAUUUAAAAGAUUGAUAUUCUUAGAAAUUAGUUAAUAUUGGUUGAUGGUCAUUUUGGCUCUAAACGUUUAAAAAAAAAAAAACAUGAAUAGUAAAUGCGAUAGUAUUUUUGCAGCUCUAGCACAAAUGUAGCAUCUCUAGUAGUUCACAGCCCUAAAGAAAUGGCCAGUUAUAUUUCUUUUCUGUGCAGAGCUAAAUACAAUAGUUGUUUUUGUAUGAUAAAUAUUCAGUGCUAGCAACACAUUUUAUUGUCAAUGAUCUACCUUUAUAAUAUGUUUGUGGUCACAUGUUCACUUUAGGCAUUUGUUACAGUAAUUUAUUUGACAAAGUAUCAUUCACUGGUUAAUAGAUAGCAUAGCAUGUUUUACAUUUGAAUGCAGAGACUUUCCAUCUACUUGAAGUAAAAUGGUGUACAGGUAACUUUUUCAAACUUUUAUAGUUCUCAUGUUCCAAGCCAGAAUGGCCUAAUCCCGGUUGACAAAAUAUUUGCUAAGUGUACAUUGCCUCUUGAAAAUAAAAUAUUUAAUAUAA